AUGGGACAAUCACAAUCGUCAAAGUUUGACAAAUAUUUUAGUUUAAUAUGUACAGAUAAUGUUGAUGAAUUACGUAAACAAUUAAACUCUCUGACAAAUGAACAAGCGAAUCUUAUCUGUAAUUUGCAUGAUAUUGACAAAGGAACGGGUACUACGCUGUUGAUGUAUGCCGCAUUCUAUGGUAAUGCAUUGAUAUGCAAAUUACUAAUUGACAAUGGAGCAAGUAAAGUUAAAUUAGAUUGUUCAAAACGAAAUGUAUUAUAUUAUUCCAUUGCUGGACAAUCCUAUAAUGUUGCCAAAUAUUUGAUGGAUACAUGCGAUGCAAACACAAAACAAACAUUUAUUAAUAACAUUGAUCAAAAUAAUGAAACUGCGUUACAUGAAGCGGUUAAAACUCAAAAUUUACAUUGUAUAGAUCUACUACUAAUAAAUCAUAUUGACGUCAAUGUUCUCAAUAAAGGUGGUAUCAGUGCAUUACAUAUAGCAGUUGAUUUAGGUAAAGUUGAUAUUGUUCGACUACUAUUAAAACAUAAAGCAAAUCCGAAUACAAAAGAUUCAUCCAAUUGGACACCUGUACAUGUGGCAUCUGCGCAUAAUGAUUUAAACAUUCUCCGUUUAUUGUUGAGUCGUGGUGGAAAAGUAAAUAUCACAGAUCAAUACGGUCAAACACCAUUACAAUGGGCAAGAGAAACAAAAUCAAAAGAUGUUCUUCAUUACUUGAAAAAAAUUGGUGCUAAAGAAUAUACCAGUAGUAUAUCACUCAGUACUGGUGCAGCCACGCCAUCAAUACCAUCAAUAACAACUGAACAUCACCCGCACUCGCCUACUCAUCAUCAUCCUCAUCGUAGAGGGAAAAAAUUAUCGAAAACGAAAGCGACGAGUAACGAUGACGAACAAAUGGCUGAAUGUAUGACACAAUCUCCAUCAACUGGAGUUCAACACAACGCAUUGAAAGGUCGAUUAAAUCAAUAUAAAAGUAAUAAAAUGCAAACGUCUAUAGGUGAAGAAAUGGAUAUUGAACAAUAA